GAGGCUUCAAUCUGAAACCAAGUAUCUGAAAUUUCCCAUAUUGGAUCUCCUCAAUAUUGAAUAGAAAAAAUUCCAUAAACCUCAUUUCUUUCUCCUACUUUCUUGGUUGGGGGGAAAUGGGGACAUUUGUAUACAGCAGCAGCUGCCUUUCAUGGAAAAACAACCUGAGCAGACAGGUGAAUCCCUCUCACCAUGUGGUUCCUCGUGGUGUUCCAGAAAAAGGGUGUUCAAGAAUUAAAGCUGCUGCUUGUUCUAAAGAAGAUGUUACAGUGAAUCGGGAUUGUGAGAAAUCUGCAGGCUCGUUGAAUAGGAGGUCAGCUAUUGUAUCUGGUGCUUCUUUGAUUUCAUCAGUACUGCUUGGUUUUCCUGGAGAGGGAUCUGCUGUAGUUAAACAAGGUCUUCUAGCAGGGAGAGUUCCUGGACUUUCUGAACCAGAUGAAGAAGGUUGGAGGACAUACCGAAGACCGGAUGAGAAAUCAGGUGGACAUGGUGUUGGAUGGAGUCCCAUGAUUCCUUACACUUUUUCCGUGCCUGAUAAUUGGGAAGAGGUCCCUGUGUCAAUUGCUGAUCUAGGUGGUACAGAGAUUGACUUGAGAUUUGCGAAUCCAAAAGAAGGGAGAAUCUUUGUAAUUGUGGCUCCUGUUAAAAGAUUUUCAGAUGAUAUUGGUGAAGAAGCUACCAUAGAACAAAUUGGACCUCCUGAUAAAGUGAUUAGCGCAUUUGGGCCUGAAGUUAUUGGAGAGAAUGUUGAAGGUAAAGUCUUAAGAUCUGAAGUAGCAAAGCAUUUGGGAAGAACAUAUUACCAGUUUGAAUUAGAGCCGCCACAUGUAAUGAUCACAGCAACAGCCGCUGGAAAUCGCUUAUACUUGUUCAAUGUUACUGGAAAUGGUCUUCAAUGGAAAAGGUAUUACAAAGAUUUGAGAAAGAUUGCUGAGUCUUUCAGGGUUGUCUGAUUACACAUCUAUGGUCUACCCCAUGCGUGAUAGCACCGCAACAGAAGUGGAACGCCAAGGAAGAAGAUGGUCACUAUAACCAUAACUACUUACAAGAAGACACAUCACCUCUAGUAGAACAUACAGUUAAAUAUAUGAGAGGAGAAUUUCCUCUGGAUUGAAUUUUGUAACAAAUUUUAGCUACGAAUGAUUAUUGUAAACCGUUUACCCUACCAAUAUUAUAAGUCUUCAGAAGGUACCUCUUCUGGACUGAUUGCUGCAUCAGGAAUUAAAAACUCUUGUUUGAUUGUCA